UUUUAAUCCCACAAUAGUUUAUGGAAAUCUGAAUGAUACAAGAUGUUAACAGUUCAGAGAAAGACAGAAAACAGCUCCUAGACGAGACGUCAGUCCAAUCAGACAAAAUGCGCUCUAUUUUCCAGAUCUCUCUCUUUGGUUCACUUGCUCUCUCCAUCGCAGCGAGGCCGGUCAUUGAUCAGAUUGUGGUCGGGAGCCACCAUACCGUGGAAGUUGUCCCUGUCAAAGACGGGAAAGUCAAGGCAAUGGGGAAGGCAGGACUUUAUCUAUGCUCAGAAGCAGGAUUCCGGGGAACUUGCAUCCAUUACACCACACCUUGGGGAGAGUGCACAAACAUUUGGCACACUUUUCCCCCAGGUCGACAUGAGGGAGUCUCUGCCGCCGGAGCUGAUCCUGGUAACUGGUGCACUCUGUACUCGCAAGAGAACUGCCGUGGCCGUGAGCUUCAAAUCUACUAUCCGGGCUACAAGGACCUCAGAGAGGUGAGUUUUAACGAUAAGGCCGCUAGUUACAACUGCGCUGCGCUUUGAAGAUCUUGAAGUGUAUCCGGAAGAUCAGAAACUGUUAUGUGGGAUGACCAACAGCGCUGAGUUUUGACGUUCGACUUGGUUUGCAACAAGUGCACGGGGGUAGAUAUAUGGAGGGCAAAUGAUUGUACCGAGUCAGGGAAGUUUAAGAUAGCUUGCCAGGUUUGAAUUCAACAAUCUUGACCCGAAA